AUGCCUCCACCGCCGCACACCUACUCGCACGAGGAGCUUUUCAAUGCUUCUGCAUCGCCUUGCUCCUCCGCUCCUCUGUCGGAAGAUAUGGAUACUGUUGUAAGUGUGCCGCGCGAGCUAGAGAGAGCGGAAGGCAUGGGUUUUCAUGAUAAGCACCGAAUCGCGUUUGUAGUUGGGUUGACUUCGGAGGCGAGAGAGGGAAAGUACGGUUUAACUUAUCUCCAGCGCCUACUUUAUUCACCACAACCGAUCCAGGCCGUACUCUAA